UCAGUCGUACCAGAGCUUGCGAAGUGAAAGGACGCCGCUUCACUCCUCUCUCAACUAACUCGUUUGAAAACCUCGUGCUAAAAAAUUAUGGAGAAUUGGCUACAAAAAGUUAGCUAAAGUGAAGUAAAAGUGCAAACUAGGCGAAAAGAAAGAAGAAGAAGAAGAAACCUUUCCCCAAUUUAUUAUUAAGUGAAAGUGAAAAUUGGAAUUUCUUCUUAACAAUCUUCUCUCCCUCCCCUCCUUGAUUUCGUACUUAUCCGAAAGUGUGAGUUGAGACGACUACGUUGCUUUUUAAAAAAGUUUGAAGAAUCGCUAAAAAACUUUUUAAGGAGUUAAUAAUUGGGAUAGGAUUGGAUUUUUGGGUGAACUCAAGUGGUCGCGUUAUCCGUCAAUUCACUACUAUUCAUUCAUGUGGGAUGGUUACGAGAAGAGUGGAGGAAUUGUGCACAAGUAAAAGUUUUUCAAGUUUUUCUCUUGUGUAAAGUUGCUGAGAGUACAGCAAAAGGAAAACCAAGCUGUUCUCCUGGCUUGAAUUUUAUUCUAUUCUAUUCACUGUUCCAUUAUAUCCGGGUUGGUUUGGUUGAGUAGCCGACAGACGACAAAACGGAAUAAACUGAUGAUGUCAACCUCGUCGUCAACCCAAUAAUAAAGUUGUCUCGGGGAGAAAAAAGUGCACAAAAGUUCGGCAGGAAUAUAAGAACAGCAAAAACAAUUGAAUUGGACGACUAAAAAUGGAAUAUUUAUAAAGUCGGGAAAACAAUUUGCACACUUUCUCUUCAGGAAAUAUACAAACAAACAAAUAUUUUUCUUCUUCGUCAAAUUCUCAACUUUCUCUGGAGAAAAUUUUUAAUAUUUCUUCCUUCUCGUCUGGAACAGUUUGUCUCGUCGUGAAAGUUGCACAUUCUGAUUAUUGCGAAGAGAAAGUUAUAACUUGACAAAAACCAACAACAACUGGGGACAAGUAUUUCUUCUCAGAGAAGUGUGGAGCUACUACUAUAGUGAAUUUCCUUCCUGAGAAAGUUGGUGAGUUUUCGGAUUCACUCCUCCCAAAAUUUACAAGAGAUUCAGAUUUCUCCUCCCUAAAAGCAAGCUAGAAAAGUCUGCUUGGUUGGUGAGUGAGUGAAAGUGAAGUCUCAGCAAUUUCGUCUUGCCGGUUGCUGAGCAAAAUAAAUAAAUAUCUGUGUAGCUGUACAGAUAAGUGUGUGUGGUUUAGGAUAGCAGACGAGUUUCGGUGGGUGUAAAGUAAGUAUUUGGUGUGGGUGUGGAUUGGAUUUUGUAACUACACUCUCUCCAUAUUAGAGCAUUAGAGCGAGAAUUAAGAACAGACCAGAACGAUCCCUGAACCAGAUUAGCGGCUGAUCUCCGUAAGAAAAAAAUGGGAUAUUGGGAAAUCUUACAAUAAAUAGAGAACUACAAGAAUAAAAAAUUGCCUCAAAAACGUCCCACGCGGAAGAAUGAGGACGAAAAGUGGGAAAUUUAGCAGCCAAGGUGGGCCAUAUUUCCCGUCAAUAUGAGGAUGCGGCGACCACACCCACCCUUAAUCCCUGCGGUGGCGGUGGUGGUUGCCAUCAUCCCGUGCUGGCUCCUCAUCAUCGUCACUGCCGCCACCACCACCACGACCGGAAGUGGACAUAGCAAGGGACCACUCCGCGAUGGUGAGGGCAGCGUAAAGGACGACAUCAAAGAUUUCAAAUUCACACAGCCCUCGUACAAUGCCACCGUUCCGGAAAAUUCGCUCGGAUCCACACUCAUCUUACCGUACACGGGGGAACAGAUUUUCACGGGUGGAAAGAAUCCUUCAUCAUCAUCUACCGGUCCCCAACUAAAAAUGGGCGUGUGGAACCCUACCAAACGACCCGUCCAUUACAGCAUAACAUCCGGCGAUACCUAUUCCAUGUUCCGGUCUGAAUCCUUGCAAAUUGGAGAUUUUAACUUUCUCAUUUUACGGGUCCGAAAUAAUGAUCGAAUUUUAAAUCGUGAAUUCAAAGAAUGGUACAAACUCGGCGUAAAAGCAGAUCUGUUGGAUCACCACCACCCCAAACAAUAUUUCAAUAAUGCCUCACUCGCCAAAGCUUUCCCACUCGUGGGGUCGUCGUCAGACUUGCUGUUUGAGGAGGAAGGAGAGCAUGAGACUGAACCCCCUCCAGACCAAAGUCAACCCCAACCACCCCCAGCCACCAAGAUGUUCAUCAUAUCUGAGGAAGUCCUACUACCACCGCCAGACAAAAGCAGCCCUUUCGGAGACGACACUUCGCUCCGAGACCCAUUUAGUUUAGUCCAGGAUGCAAACAGUGUCGGUGUCAGUGGUGGUAAAAAUAAGAAGAAUAAUAGCAAAGUGUCGAGGAGAACUACUAAACAGAAGAGAGACGAUGAUGUGAACAGUGACGAUAUUUUUAGUGGUGGUGGUGGUCGUCGUGGGGGCAGGGGGAGAAAGAGAAACGGAAGUAGCCGGAUAGAAAGUGAAACCGACUCUUUCGACACGACCCUUUUUCCCCCCUUGAGACGAACUCUGAGAGACGAAAAACUCAAGAAAACGAGCUUCACUCCGAGUAAUGUGACGCGAUCCGGUGGGGGCAAGCCUAACCGGGUGCGUGGUGGGAGUGGUGGUGGUGGUGCUGGGAGACGUCGGAAUAAAAACCGACCCUCAUCAUCCCAGGAAAUAAAUGAGAUUAACGUGGAUGUCGACAUGGUGAAGAGUGUAACUGUUAGAACUACGAGUAACAAUGUGCCAAGUUAUAAUAAACGAGUGACAACGACAAUGACCACGACGCCAACGACGACCACAACGACGACCAAACGUCCAAAGAUGAUGGUGGCGCAGCAACAGGACAAAAAUGGCGGAAUUAUUUUGACCAGUGCGGAAACGACAGUUUUCGUGAGAGUGAUUGAUGUCGAUGACAAUCAGCCCGUCUUUGAAAGCCAAACGUACGACAUCGGGGUCAACGAGGAUGCCCCGAUUUUAUCCAAAGUUGCCAAAAUAUCCGCCGCAGAUGCAGAUAUUGGGAGAAAUUCAGAAAUUUAUUACAGUUUAUCCGAGUGGUCCAACUCUUGGAGUAUCGAUCCCAUCACGGGCAUCCUGUCUCCUACACGUCCCCUCCUCGGCCGCACCGGAAAGGGCGACCGCGACCGUGAGACAAUCCAUAUCAGGGCGAAAAACAGGUGGAACAUGACCCCAACUUCUGGCUCCAUCGCCGCCGUGAACAUCCACAUUCGUCCCGUCAAUAGAUACGCGCCACAAAUCCGUGUUAAUCGUCCUCCUCAGGUCGAAGUUCGCCCGUAUGGCGUAAUUUACGCCGUCGUCUCAAUCCGCGACGCCGACGAGGGAGAAAAUGGCGUUGUCGAUCUCGAAAUAAAAGAAGGCGACCCCAACGGAAUAUUCCGCAUUACACCGACAUCCUCCCGGAAUGAGUUUUACGUCGAAAUGUCGCCAAUUAUUGCAACCAAUUUGGGUAAAAUUGAACGUCUUCAUCAAUUCAAUUUAACCUUACGAGCAACAGAUCGUGGAUCACCGGCUAAAAGUUCUGAAAAGGAACUCCAAGUUCGCGUGGCGGACACGAUCUGGUCGGAAAAAGGGGGAGAAAAUACGGCCAUUUUUGAUAAGGAUGUGUACGAAGUGGAAAUCUCGGAAACAACGAGUCCACCGCAUUCCGUUGUUUUCAGACUGAACCGACCAAAUUCCGCUGUCGGACUGUCCAUCUCGAGUGGAAAUGAGGGUGACGAUUUCGUCCUUGAAGAGAAAAGCGGGGUCCUUUAUACGAAUAAGUGGUUGGACGCGGAGACCAAAUCGACCUACACGUUGACCAUAGAUUCACACGACAGGAGGCCUGCAUCUCAACAGCAGAGGAGUGGCGACUACUACAGGAGGAGACAAUCCGUGGCCAAAAUCAUUGUCAAAGUUAUCGACGGGAACGACAACUCCCCCGAGUGGGAACCCAUGCCAAAUAACAGGUCUAUUUUUACCGUCAUGGAGAAUGAGGCUGUCGGGACGAAAGUGACAAGGAUUGUGGCCAAGGACCGUGACUCGGGAGAAAAUGGCUACGUAACCUACAGCAUCGCCAACUUAAAACCGACCCCUUUCACCAUUGACCACUUUUCCGGUGAUAUUCGCACUGGUCGUCUCCUCGACUAUGAAAUUGACCGGAGAGAGUUCAGUCUAAAGAUUCGUGCGUCCGAUUGGGGCCAACCGUCCCGUCGUCAGAGUGAGAAAGUAAUGACGAUAAUGUUGAAGGACGUCAACGACAACCGACCACUCUUCACGGUGAAGGAAUGCGUCGCCAUAAUCGACAAGGGGAUCAAAUUCGAGACUGAAAUUGGGAGGGUGGAAGCCAUCGAUUUCGAUCGGGAGGAUGUCGUCAUGUACAGAAUUGUUGGGGGGAAUGAGGACGCUUGUUUUGGAAUUGAUACCACAAGUGGGAAGAUUAAGGUGGUCUGUGAUCUCCGCGAUGUCCGCGUCCCCAAACGUUUCCUUAACGUUACCGCCACCGAUGGCGAAUACUACUCGGACGUCAUGUCGAUCAAAGUUGAACUUGGUGGCGAAGGUCGGAUGACCCAUCUCAAAGUGAAUCGAACCACACCUCCGUCCGAAAAUGGUUCUUCGUCAUCUUCAUCAUCACCUCGAUCCGGGAUCAAAUUAUUCUCCACGGCAAAUUCCGUUUUCGAAUGUGAGGACACCGGAGUUCGAGAGAGAUUCGACCAAAUGGCGGCCCUCAGUGAGAAAAAUAAUCAGUUUGAGGAUGGCGAGGAAGGCUUCCCCCCACUCCCGUCGAGAUACCGGGACAACGUCCACACCCCGCAGUGGAUCGAUGUGCCAAAAGAAAUCUCGGUUUUCGAAAACACGUCGGUGGGGGUGACCGUGCUAAAAUUGCGUGCUCGUGACCUCGACAAGGGUUACAAUGGCCUCCUCACGUUCGUCAUCUCGUCCGGCGAUGAGGCUCACGGUGCUUGGGACAUAGUCAACCCGACCGGAAGUCAGGAUUCUGACGAGGGAGAUCUCGCCCAUCUUGUCGUUGCCGCACCGCUGGAUCGGGAACAAGUUUCGUCCUACAUGCUCAAUAUUAGUGUCUGGGAUCAGGGCAAACCUUCCAAAGUGUCUUCCAAACUACUUUUUGUUAAGGUCCAAGAUUCCAACGACUGCCGACCGACUUUCACCAAGGCGGCGACCAAGUUGAAGAUUGGGGAGGGUGGAGCCCUCGUCGGGGAGCAAUUAGUCGGUCUCUCCGCGUUCGAUGAGGACGAAGAAGGGACGCCCAACUCGUUAAUAUCGUAUCGACUCUUGUCGCCCACGGAGGAUUUCGCGAUAGACGAAAAAUUGGGGACGAUACGACUCCUUCGCGAGUUGGAUAGAGAAAGACAAGACUUUUACGAGCUUUUGGUGGCCGCGGAGGAUCACGGCGUCCCAAAAUUGUCCAGCAUUGCGGUUGUAUCCAUACAAGUGGAAGAUGUUAAUGAUUGUGCGCCGCGAUUUGAAUCUUUUGCGUCCAUGUCGUCUCACUCGUCGUCAUCAAGGAUCGUGUCCGUCCUGGAAGACUGGCCGGUGGGUGGGGUUGUGACGCAGGUGCUGGCACGAGACGAUGAUUUGGGGCUGGGGGGUAACGUGAGAUACGCCUUGGUCGGUGGGGUCGGUGAGGAGGAGGACUUCGAGCUGGACGAAGUUUCGGGGGUGUUAAGGGUCAAGAGAGAGCUGGACUAUGAGACGACCUCCAUUUACAACUUGACCAUUAGAGCACACGACAUGGGGACGCCUUCUCUUUCGUCCGAGACAUUUAUUGUGGUUGAGGUUCUCGACGUUCUCGAGUCCUCCACAUCCAUAUCUUUCUCGGAAGUCGCGAAGGAGACCUCCCUCCCAGAAACUACGCCGGUCGGAUCCUUAAUCACCCGGGUAGAACUGACUCCUUCCUCCGCCCUGGAACACUCUCUAGUCACCCUCACCCUCGAGGGCCCUUCUCGCUACUUGUUCACGAUUGACGAGACCGGCUCUGUCCGAACGGGCCACACCCUCGACUACGAGACACACCCGUCUCACUGGCUCGCCAUUCUCGCGAAAAGCGUGUCCAGUGGGAAAACUCUGGCAAAAAUGGAUCUCUUCGUCAACGUGACGGAUACUAAUGAAUGCGUGCCUUUAACGACUGAACCGGCGUACAGAGUAUACCUCUCCGAGAACACCCCACCGAGUCACAUCUUCCUAAAAUUAUCCGCCUUCGACUGCGACCCUUCCGGCCGAUUGACCUACUCGCUGAAAACAUCAACCCCUUAUUUCGACAUUGACCCGACUUCCGGUGAACUGGAAACGACCGACAUGGUUCUUGACCGGGAGAAACAACCCGUCCACAUUUUUGACGUUAUUGUCACCGAUGGUGGCGAUCCCCGACUUAAUUCAAGCACUCAAAUCGUCGUCGUUCUGCGCGACGAGAAUGAUAAUUCGCCCCGAUUUUUGCACAAACGUGGCAUUCACACCAUUCCCGAGUUGACGAUUGACCUCCAAGGUGACCAGCCCACGUCGGGUAAGAAAAAAAUGCACCCAAGUGACUCCAGUGCCGGGCUGAGCGAGGAGGACGAGGACGAAGACGAAGAAGACGACGAGGACUCGGAAGAUGACGACGAAGAGUUGAAAUGGUCCGAUUGGAAUGUGAUUGAGGAGCAAGAUGGCAUGUUUAGUGAGGGGGGCGGUUGGAAAAAAAUAUUUCAGGUCGUCGCCUUCGACAGUGACGAAGGUGUCAACGGUUCCGUCACGUACCGUCUCAAAUACCGCGUGAGUACGAGCAUAAACCAGGUCGGGGUGGAUGGCGCGACCCCGCCGCACCCACAACAAGCGCAACAAGCGGUCCACAAGGAGGACGAGGUGUACUCGAUAAAUCCCACGACGGGGGAAAUCUUCACGUCCGCUCCGCUCAUUAAGAGCGACACGAUGCUCAAGUUCAUCGUGGAAGCGACGGACGGGGGCAACCCGGCACAAAGCACGGAAACCACGCUUAUCUUACGAGUCAAGGGGAUCAACAGGGUCAAGUCACAACCACCACAAAUACUUAUACAAGACGAAACGGUCAUCCAACUCACCACGAAGGAACGUGCGGGUUACUCGGUCGAAACAAUUGAUGCCAUCGAUCCCGAGGGGGAGCAAUUAUGGUACGAAAUCGUAUCAGGCGAUCCCUCCCAAUACUUUAUAAUGUGGCCGGAAUCCCAGAAUUUAAUCCUGGCCAAGCGAAUCCCCAAACCCAUGGAUUUCAAGCUCAACAUCAGCGUCUCGGACGGCGUCAACCCCGUAUUUGUCCAGCUUUUCGUCAAAGUUGUCGACUCUCCGGGAGAAUCUGCCCUCAUUUGGUCGCAAUCUUCGUACACCGCAUCCAUCCCAGAACAACAGACUCCCGAUACGACCUUAUCAGCAUCGCCGUCUUCCCUCCUCAUCGCCAAGGUGUCCAUCAACUCGACCAUCUCGCUCACCCCGCCACGCGACAAGCACACCGACUCGGGCACCAUCCUCUACGGAUUUCACAACGUGCAGGACUCCCGCAGUUUGCAGCUUUUCUCCAUCGACACGAUCAGUGGGGAGGUCACCGUGCAAAAGGGUGUGGCCGGACUGUUCGACAGAGAGACGAUUCCGCAACACAUUCUCACCAUCAAGGCGAGAAACCCCACAAACACGUACGGAUUUGUGAGACUGGUCGUCAACGUGGAGGAGUGGAAUGACCACGCCCCCAUUUUCUACAUGGCGGAUGGAAGGUACUCAAGGAUGGAGGUGCGAGUCCCGGAAACGGCCGCAGUGGGGACGAGGAUUGCUCAGAUCGAAGCCUUCGACCUUGACGAAGGUGACUCUGGUCAACUCUCGUACUCGAUAACCUUUGGCAACAUUGGGAACACUUUCCGCAUCGAUAAGGACACCGGCUGGCUGACUUUGCAACGUCCCAUAUCCGGGUCUCGAGCGAAUACGGAGUAUCUCUUAACCAUCCAAGCCCUCGACGGUGGGACGCCCCCGCUUUCUUCGACCACAAGUGUCACAAUUAUUCCCACUCUGCCAAAUGACGACGAAACCCUCGCCCUCGACUGUCGGGGAGAUGACGAAUCUAAUUUUGGCCGCAAUUUGGCCCCACUUUCCUCACUUCCUGGAAAAUCAGGUGGGAAACAAUCAGGCGGACGGGCUCCCAGCAAUCAGAGAAAGACCGUGAUGAGGGUCCGUGUCAAGGAGAAUGCUCCCCCAGGAAGUUAUGUGACUACAAUUACGGCCUCAAACUCGAACAGUGCCUCCGUCUCGUUUGAAUUGGAGGAGAAUAAGAGCAACAUUUUCUGGAUUGAUCCAUCAACCGGUGUCAUCUUGGUUGGAAAGGGGCGUGGAUUGCUAGACCGAGAGAGUAAAUCGAGUCACGAAAUUACCGUCAAAGCUACCAAUUUGCGCGGUGCUACGGCAAGUUGUCGUGUCGUGGUGGAUCUUUUAGACGAAAAUGAUCACAGACCUUUAUUCACAACGACGCAAUAUGACGGGCUGAUUAGAGAGGACGCCAUGCCGGGUACGCUCGUGCGAAAGAAACCUGCACCACUCACUGGAACCACAAGUACGACAGUUUUGGGAAGUGAGAGCAGUGAUUUCAUCGAAACUGAGAAACGACCCUUGGUCCUCGAAUCGUCCGAUUUGGACGUUGGCAUUAAUGCACUCGUCACCUAUUCAAUCAUUGAGGAGGAGGAAAUGAGAAAGGUCUUUCACAUCGAUCCCUCCACCGGUGCUCUCGUCCUCAUCACAUCGCUCGACUAUGAAAAACGUUCCGGAUACGUUUUCCACGUAAAAGCGACCGACGGCGGAGGUCUGACUUCUCCCAACGUCGCAACGGUGAACGUCUCCGUGGAAAAUGUGAACAUGAAACGACCCAUCGUGCUGAACUCGCGGGUCGAAUUGCUCCUUCCAACCGGUCCGGACGUCUUGGUGGGUCGCGUCGAAGCCCGAGAUCCGGACGGCGACGAGUUGGAGUUCAACAUUACGCGAGGAAAUGACAUGGACUGGUUUAAAAUUGGGAGAAAAUCGGGCGAAAUCAGAAUUGGCAAGAUGGCCCAGUUCCCCGUGACGGGGAGUAAAAUUGUUUUGGAGAUAAAUGUUGGCGACGGGAAACACUGGACAAGUUCCACGAUGACGAUCACACCCAAAAACAUCGAGAGGAAUCCAACCUUCUACUUUACCAAUUCGACCUUUGCCACCACCACGAUGGAAAAUUCUACCAAAAUUAUCAACUUAAUUAGUCUCGGCGUAGUCGGGGCAUUUAUGAACGAGCCCUUAAAAUUCGAACUGCUCACACCCACCCCAUAUUUCGGGGUACGACCAACUUCAGGCGUGGUUUAUACGACUGGAGAAAAACUGGACAGGGAAGAACAAGCCGAGCAUGAAUUACUCGUUCAGGUCCGUGGCGAAGAAGCGUCCCGAAUUUCUCGGUGUUUUGUCAAAGUAAAAAUUGGCGACAAGAACGACAACUCCAUUCAAUUUCUGAACCUGCCAUAUGUGGCGGUCGUCUCCUUGGAGAGCAAAGGAGGGGACACCGUACUUCAAGUGAAAGGCUUUGAUGCGGAUGAAGGUGAAAACGCCGUGAUUCGUUACGAACUAGUCCGCUCUCCACACGGAGACAUUUACGAAUUGGAUCGGAACACUGGAUUUAUUCGAUUGCGGAGAAAACCUGAUGCUACUGGACAGCAUGAACUCAUAAUCAAGGCGUACGAUGGUGGCGUCCCCACCUGCACUUCGGAGACCACGGUGUUAGUAAAAGUCGUAAGUUCUGACCAACCCGUGUUUGAGCAACAAUUUUACGAAACAUGGAUCCCCGAGGAUGCCGCCCUCCAAUCCACCGCGAUUGCCCUCAUGGCACACGCACACAAUCCCAUCCUCUACUCGAUCCAUGGUGGCAAUGAUCACGACGAGUUUGCCAUCGACUAUCAAACAGAUAUUGGACUCAACCGGAUCUGCGUCCUGUUUGUUAAUUCGCCCCUGGAUUACGAAACUCAACGGACACACCGACUCACCGUCCGUGCCACGGACCUUGUCACCUCGUCCGGAUCAUCUACCCAAGUUUUGAUUCAUAUCCGAGAUUCGAAUGAUGCUCGCCCCAUCUUCGACAAAUCGAUCUACACCAUCCGCCUGGUCGAGGGGUACAUGCCGCCGCAUUCUUUACUCGCCACGCUGCACGCACAUGACAACGACACGGGGAUAAACUCCCUCCUAACGUACGACCUUGUUCCCGAUGAUGGUCCCAUCCUUCGCAUUCCGAACGAGAACUCUUCCCCACAGAAGAAAUCAUCCUCGUCAUCGACACCUACGCGAGGACGUCUCCAGAGGAGAGAGAUUGAUUCCGAGGACGUCGAGAUGGAUUUAGAGAUGGAGGACGCCACGAGCAAUCAGCGAUCAUCAUGGGACGUCACGAAAUACUUUAUGAUUAAGCCCAACGAUGGCAAGAUUAUUCUGAAACAAAUGGUGGAUUACGAGCGAGCACAUGAAUACAGGUUUUCCGUCGUGGUGAAAGAUUCUGGCAUUCCUCCGCUAAGUUCCACGGCGAGAGUGGUGGUGCAAGUUGUCGACAUUAACGAUAGUGGCGUUGUAUUUGAGAAGAACGUUUACUACGCCCGCAUCUCGGAAUCCGUGCAAAGAGGACAUUUUGUCACAAAGAUCUCCGCGUAUGAUCCUGACUCCGUUGAUCACAUAAAAUAUUCCAUCAUUGGUCAUUCUCACUAUCACAUGCCGUUCGACAUCAAUCCUGACGCGGGUGUUGUACGCGUCUCUCAGCCAAACUUGUUACUGACAGAGCUUCACUUUGAACUCAACGUGUCCGUGACUGACGGUGUGUUUACCUCCUUCGCCAAAUUACACAUUGAAAUCGAACCCCGAAAUCAUUUCGCUCCAUCCUUCUCCUCACUAAUCUAUGAGGUCGGAUGUCCCGAAAAUGCACCGGAUGGUCACUUAAUCGCCAAGUUGAACGCGGUUGACCCCGAUCGCUCCAUUUUUGGUCAGGUCAAAUACUACAUUGCUCAAUGCGAUGAGCCCGACUUGUUCGAAAUUGAUGAGGAUUCUGGCGAAGUGACGCUUCACGCGGGAAAUGGUGACAUUUCCCUCGACCGUGAAGUCAAGGGGAGUCACACCCUUGAAAUCGUCGCACGUGAUGGCGGUGGAUGGCUCGGAUACACAAAACUUGCAGUGAAAGUCAUCGACACGAAUGAAUACCCACCACAAUUUCCCGUUACGGAGUACAGAAUAACUCUUCCUGCUGAACGGAUACGAUCUAAAACGCCAAUACUUCAGGUCGUGGCGGUCGAUGCCGAUACCGAAUUCGGAAUUCGCUACUCCAUCGUGGACCUACCCACGACGGCUUUCCGAUCAAACUCCAACUCCACAACGACCUCCUCCCCCACGACGAAGAGGGACUCGUCCUACUUUGAAAUUAACCCAGAUUCUGGCGAAGUCCGGCUUCGAAUGAGUGAUCAAGACAUUUUAAAAUUUAUGAAGGACAAAUCUCGCAUCGAUUUCCAGUUUUGGGCCGGUGCCACGGACGAGGGUGGUCUCCACUCGUAUAUCCCUGUCACCGUCGUCCUACUACCAGAAGGGGUUCCCAAUCCUGAAAUCCAGCCACAAAACGCGACCUUCUUUGUGAAAGAGGAUGCCCCCAUUGGAUCCAUCAUCACCACUUUUCGAAUCUCCAACAUCGAGGGGGCCAAGUUUAGAGUGGUUUCCUCCAACGAAGAGUAUUUCCAGGUGGAUCACAAUGGAAAUUUGUUGGUCAAAGGGAGACUCGAUCAAGAUAAUGAGGAUAAACAUACGGUCGUUAUCUGGGCGGAAUCUGGCGAUGGGACGAGCGUGGCUACGUCCCAAGUUACCAUUCGUGUCUUCCAGUCGACCGGACGAAAGAGGCCGCCCGUCUUCCAGUCGCUGGAAUAUCAGGUGAAAGUGGCGGAAGACUUUCCCGAGGGGUCCCUCAUUUUCACGGUCCGUGCCAUAGAUUCCGACAAGGGCAACAACAUCAAGGAAAAGUACAGCCUCGUCCCGUCUAAAAGUGGACAGGAGACGAAUCUCUUUUCCGUCAAUCAAGAACACGGAUGGAUAACUUUGGUCAAUAAGUUGGAUUAUGAGCUAAGGAAGGAGCACGUGCUACAUGUCGUGGCAGCCGAUGUGGAUAAACCUUACCUUCAAACCACGGCCACUGUCACGCUAAGUGUGAUCAAUGUUCCCGAUUGUCCAGUCUCCUUCGAUACCACACACUAUUUCUCCUCGGUCCGUGAAGACGUCCCUGAAGGAACGGUGAUCGCCACGGUACACGCCAUUGAUUUGGACAACUCUGCAAGCAAUAAGAAUGGGCCGGAAUCAUCCACCCUGUCCUCCUCGUCAUCUUCCUCCUCCAUAGUUUCCAACUAUUUGGCAUACUUCAUAAUUGACGGGAAUGACGAAGGACAUUUCAAGAUAAACGAUCGUGGCGAACUUAGCAUAUGGCGUGGCCUGGAUUACGAACAAGUUCAAAAGUACGAGCUACGAAUCGUAGCAACUGACGGGUUUUUCACCGACUUUGCAAACGUUACUGUCAACCUGAUGGAUGUGAACGAUAACUCUCCCGUCUGCACGUUCCCCGAGUAUGACGCCGAACUCUCGGAAAGUGUCGCCAUUGGGACGUACGUCGUCACGGUGGAAGCUCAUGAUCCCGAUCUCGGUGCUCUCGCCCCACGUUUCUCCCUGGCUGGAGAUGGUGCCCAACAUUUCGACAUCCACCGAGAAACUGGCGCCGUAACGACGCGGAUCAGACUGGACCGUGAGACUAAACCAUUUUACAAUCUUAUCGCAUACGCAGAAGACAGCGAAAGUGGGGAAGCUUGUCGAGUGGAUUUGAAGAUAACUGUUGCCGACGAAAAUGACUCAGAACCCAGAUUCUCAGAGGAUCUGUACAUCGUCACUGUGAAGGAGGAUGCUCCAGUCGGGGCCUUAAUCGGGAAGGUACACGCGGAUGAUGCAGACGCCGGGAUAAAUCGACGCGUCCGUUAUUCUCUAGUCUCCGUUGUGUCGAGUACCUCUGGGGCCUCGGUGAUUGAUGACCAAUUCUCGUUAGAUUCUAAUUCAGGGGUGAUUUCGCUUCUUAGACCGCUCGACAGGGAACUUGUGCCCGGAUAUAAUCUCACCCUCCAGGCCACCGAUGGAGGUAUACCGCCGCAAUCAAGUGUCGUCGAUGUGUCCAUUAUGGUCGCGGACGUUAAUGAUAAUCCUCCCGAGUUUGCGUUCAACUAUUAUUCAGCCACGAUAUCUGAGCUGGCCCCCAUUUCCACGGAGGUCGCAAGGAUACUCGCCACGUCGAAAGACAUCGGAAUAAAUGCUGACAUCACGUACGACAUCGUGGGUGGGAAUGGCUACUCGCAUUUUGGAAUUCAUCCCAAAUCAGGGGUCAUAUUUGUCUCAGCGGGUCUCGACUAUGAGCGAAUUCGAGAAUAUGUGCUCUCCGUAAGAGCGCGAGAUGGUGGGUCACCUCCCCUCGCUUCCCAGGCGCUGGUCAAUAUCUCGCUGAUCGACCAAAAUGACAAUGCCCCGCAAUUCAGUGGGGGUGGGGCCGGCUAUUCGGUUCAGAUUCCUGAGGAUGCGCCAAUUGCGACGUCUGUGAUUCAGAUUCAAGCCGCUGACCUAGACAGCGGGGUAAACUCAAGAAUUUCAUACCAACUUGGGACCGGGGACAGGAUGAAACAUUUCAAAAUCGACGCGCACAAUGGCAUCGUUUCAGUAGCGUCGGCACUAGAUCGAGAAAUGAUUUCGCACUAUUCUCUCGAAGUGUGGGCCGUUGAUGCAGGCACUCCACCCCUUUCAUCAUCCACCCACGUGGAAAUUUACGUGCUCGACUGUAACGACUCGCCCCCAUUGAUUCGUGUUCCCACGGAUGAACUCAUCGUACAAGAAGAUCGCCCAAUUGGCUACACGAUUCACAAAUUUGUCGUCUCCGACGCUGACGCAGCGCCCAACAGCGAACCAUUCUCGUGGGAUUUGCGCGACGCGGAGAGACGCUCGUCUUCCACUUCCGGUUCUUCAUCCUCGCUUCCCUUCACCGUCUCGGAAUCUGGCAUGUUAAACGUCGCCGGGAAGCUGAACUCCCAAAGAAAACCUGUUUACCGACUUCUGCUCCGCGUUUUUGACAAUGGCGACCCUCCGUUAUAUUCCGACGCCAAUAUCACCGUCAAAGUCGUCGACAAGUCUCAGUGGCCCCCAGUCGUGUCCACGCUAACGGUGACUGCCAUCACGGCCGACGAAACCUACCCGGCUGGAAUUCCUCUGGGAAAAGUGCACGCGUCUGACUUUGAUCCAUACGAUAUUCUCCUCUAUUCCUUGGUCGACACUCCCUCAUCGACACAUUUCAUGAUUGACGCGGCAAAUGGGACCCUGAAAAGCUUGACCCCGUUGAAAUCUGGAACGUACGAGUUGGGCGUGACGGUGUCGGAUGGGAGAUGGACAGCGCGAGGAGAUGCGUACAUUCGGGUGGUGACUUUAGCUAGUUUAAUACCCGAUAUGAAAUUAGACGGGGAUCAUGGAGGCAAGACGGAUGGUGAAAAUUGGAAGUCGACCUCCACCUCGACGACGACAUCAUUUAAGAAAAAGAGCCGCAAAGACAUCAGCGCUUUUGCAGUCGUCCUCACAUUAAAAGGGCACAACCCGCAAAGCCUGCUUACCAGGAUUUUUGCCUUAAUCAACGCCAUAAAGGAAUCCAUGGGCUUGGAGCCGAAUGGUGUCUCAAUCUACGACGUCGUCAUCUUAUCCGUACAAUCCUCCAAACGGGCAGAAGACUACUCCUCAUCACCAUCAGCAGCCACUUCCGGCGUCCGGCGGGUCCGACGUGGUGACGACGAAAAUGCGAAUAAUAACACCAUGAGUGACGCCAUCAUUAGUGACACCAUCCCAUCCGUCGAUAUACUCCUCUCCGUGCGUAAAAGCACUGAUGGAUCUUUUGUCAACCCGUCCGAAUUAAUGAAAAAAUUGAAGUUUGCCCUCCCACAAAUCGAAUCUGUUAUGAGUGCAAAAGUCACAAGAUUAACGUUCGAUGUUUGUAAAGAAAAUUCAUGCGAUCGGGGACAAUGCCGCACAGUUGCAACCUUUGAAGGGACACAGUCUCUCAUUUCGACCGAAACUUUAAGUCUAAUUACACCUAAUCACUUGUUGGAGGUCGUCUGCUUCUGUCCGCCGGGUUUUGGAGGUCCCCGAUGUGAGAAAGUAAUAAAUGCCUGUGCCCAUUCGGAAUGCAUGGCGGGGUACGUUUGCCUCCCCGACUCUUCGCCAAAAGGUUAUGCGUGCCUAUGUCGCAAGAUUUACUGUCCUCCUGGGGGCAUGUGUGAGGAAGACGAUCACUGCGCCCAACAAUCCGUCUCCUUCAGUGGUCGAAGCUUCUUGGCGUACAACGUGGGUCCCAGUUUGGAGAGAGAGUUGAGUAUUUCGAUAAAAAUCAAAACUCUGUACACGGCCGGAACGAUUCUUCACUCGUUCGGACAUUUUGAUUAUGCUCUUCUCGAGAUUCGCCAAGGCCUUGUCCAAUUUUCAUGGGAUCUCGGCACCGGGAAAGAAGUUCUCACCGUGACAUCCAUCUCCGUGUCGGACAAUCGCUGGCACCGAAUAAUUCUCCACCUUCGCGACAAUCGUGCCGUCCUUUCAGUCGAUGAGCGGUCCCGAGCAGGCAGCGCACGAUCUCCCGGAGCGGCAAGGUCACUUCAUACCGGCGGAAUUCUGUACAUUGGUGCAAAGAUUAUAGGGCUUCACGGCUCCACGUUGGAGAGUCUCAUCCCAGCGCAAGGUUUCAUCGGGUGUAUGAAAGACCUGCGGUACGGUUACCUUCACCACCAGACGGGACCAGGGUCCAGCUCAGACCUGCACAUUCAGGAAGUGAAACAUUACAUAACUCCGGGAAUCAAUCGUAUCGACUUGGACGGGAUAGAUAAGAAUUUAGACUUGGAAGAUGUUGAUGACACCGAUCAGGAUAACUUUGAUCAGGAUGUGAACAGCAAGAACAAGAAUGAUAAUGCAGGAGGGAUUUCGGGUAGAAUGGCUCCGCUACCGUUCCAUUCGUCGGACAGUGAUCGAAUGGGGUCUCAUCUACUCUGGUCUCGCAACGUGUCAUUCUCAUGUGAAAGAAUUCUCCAUGUUGUGGAAGCCUGUCGAAGCCAACCCUGUCUGAAUGGAGGGUCUUGUUCAGAAGACCGACUUUCCACCCCGACAUCCAGCGGAGCAGGCACCGGGUUCAGAUGUGAUUGUCCUUCAAGAUUCCACGGACAUAACUGUGAACAUGAUUUGGAUCCUUGUGGAUCACAACCGUGCUUAAAUGGGGGCACGUGCACUCCAACAGCAACCGAGUCUACUUCUGAUCGAGGAAAUGGAGCGUCUUUCUCCCCAUCGCUCGUGUCCAGCAGUGGUGCUGGUGGUGAAUGGUUAUCGGAACCACAGUUUUUGUGCCUAUGUCCUCCAGGCACGUUUGGAUCUCGUUGUGAACGGGGUCGUUGGUGCAAAAAUUCGGAAAUGGGAGGAACUGAUUCCUUAUCAACGGCGGACUUGGUGCGGCUUUCCUCCGAUUCCGGCGUGGGUGGUGGUGAUGACGGAAGAGAAGAAGUUUGCAAACAUCACGGUGAAUGCGAAGAUGGUCCGUCAGGUCCGAUUUGUUGGUGUGCAGGUGGAUACACGGGGGCCACUUGUCAGCUUGAUAUUAAUGAAUGUGAACGCGGUGACGCAUGCGGACCAGCCUCGACCUGCAUAAAUUUUGCUGGUGGAUUCCGAUGCCUCUGUCCCGCAAAUGCGACUGGGUUACGAUGUAACCGCAUCUUAACGGCACCUUCCAUUAUCGUGUCAGACUAUCAAGACCUCAUUCUCAUCGUUGUCUUUGUCAUCGUCACCUCGGUCACUUUUAUCGUCGCGUUUAUUCUCGUGAGGAGGUGUUGCAUUGCGAGAGAAAGAGGGGGUCAGUCAAACGGCAUUGCACUCACGGCAACGAGGGGAUUAAAAGAUAAUGGACACACAAAAGAUAACCGCGAUCGUGACACGAGUAACCGAGAAGCACAACAACUCUUGAGAAAUCGUGACUCUAAAAUUUCUAAUUUGGAAGUCCGUCCCGUUUCUGCAACGUCAGACCUUUUCACGGGCGAAUUAGAGCCAGAAAAUAACAAACCGGGAACGUUUAUCAAUAACUUGAUGAAAGGGAGUUCUACUUCGGGAGGAGGAAUGAUGAUGACACCCAUGAAGGAUAAGGGAUGCUCCACUUUGACACAUUGGGAUCCAAAUCGGGACGAUUAUGAUAACAAAGUACAAAAUUACAUGAAGGGUGACCUCAAUUGGGCCCCGCGACCCAACGCUACGGGUACCUCGUCCAAACCCGGUUCCCCCGUUUCCGACGGGUACCACUGGGACCAUUCCGAUCUCACCCAACAACCGCACAACAUUUCCCCCACAAACACACUCCCCCCACCCCCCGCAGAUAUUCCCGAUAUCCGUAUCUCAAAUGGUGGUCAUCAUCGUCACCAUCUUCACAAAAAUCCUCCCAGUAACAACUUGGAUCUCCCGUCUUCCUCUUCCACUCCCGGGGGUCCAGUGACCAUUAACUUGGCCGCGUUACCACCCCCGCACGAAACUUCUCUCCCAUAUUUUGACGACGCCGUGAUCGGAACUAGUCUCGAUGAUGUUACCCCUGAAGAAGAAUUGCCUGGAAAUCGUUCCCCUCGAAAUUGGCAAAUCCUUCACCCUGAUCAGUAUUUACUUCCGCAUACACAAAGUGGUGGUGACGAUGUUUACGACCCUUCCACCGGGCUUUGUUCUUGCCCACAAUUAAGAUCCGAGGUGGAACAACACGUCCCUCCACCGGCACCCGUAGCUAUUCGAAACCGCUACAAAGACAAAACACCUUCAAAAGGAAAUAGCAAAGCUAAACUUUUGAAAGAACAGCAGCAGCAACAUGAAGACGAUGAAAAUUCUUCCUUGUUAUUGAACGGGAGUGGAAAUAACCCUUCGAUAACAUCGUCGUCAUCUUCGUCGAAAUUAUCGAGUAAAAUUCCACGUAGACAAAAUUUAACGGGUCAACAACCUCAACAGAGCCCAAAUUCCAAUAAUUCUUCUUCCAAUGCAAAAACUACGGCUACUCAUGUAACACAAGUUUGACAUGUACAGAAGGAAUGUUUAGUUUACGUUAUUAAGACAUCGGACUGUUAAAAUUAUUUAUAAUGUAAUCAGUUAAAUUUCUCAUAUUUUGUUAGUCGCGUGACAAGUAAGUUACGAUGUCAAAAACCCUGCCAUAAUUUUUGUGACGAUUUUUUUUACCAGAGUUAUAAGUAAUAUAACAAUUUUGUGUUCAUAAUUUCUUGUCGAUAUGCAAUUCCUUCGUGACGAAUCCUCAAUUUCUUGUCAUCGUCACCCCUCUCAAAUUGGUGCUAUCCUACUAGCUAACUUUAUCGUAGCGUGUAAAAAUAACCUGCCAUUUGAAAACCGGAAAUAUACCUCUAGCCGAGUAAUUAACUUUCAAUUUCCGAACUUACGAUAGUGGAGAACCCAGAUAAAAAAGACUGUUUAAAAUAUAAUGUUAGAAAACCCUUCUACAUAGAACAUUAUUUGUUACAGAAAUCUAACCCACAUUUCUAUAAAAGUGCCUAAAACGGAGAAAAAUCAUUAAAUAAAAUGUGUAUGCAGGUAUUUAAAUUGUUUAAAAAAACUUUAAAAAUCUCGUAAUUAUAUGUAAAUAAUCAUUCAUUCUGUGUGCCCUGAAACAAACAAUUAUCCCGAAUGUACUACAUACCUGCGUAUGUAUAAAUAAUUAAUUAAUGUCAUAAAACGUACAACUAAAGUAAAUUUUGAAAAAAAUCUUUUACUUUAUUUUGUAUUGUCAACUUUAAACAAAAUGAGAUUAAUAUUUUCUCUACCUAUUUCUACUCAACUUUUUCUCUACUCUGACUAUUUAUAUAAAUUGAAUUCAAAUCAACUUAAUGUUGUGUAGCAAGAUGAUGCAAAUAUAAAAUUACGUAAUUACGUAAUAAUUUAUUUACAUGUCUAAUAUAGUUGACUGAGAAGAACUGAAUAUCUGUCAAAAAAAUCUCAUUGUAUUAUUAAUUGUAAGAAGUCGUAUUGUAAGAGAAGGUUCGAAGUUAAAUGAAUUCGCAUAGCUGCUUUUUGAAACUUAUUUACUUAUCGGGGAGCAAUUUAAUUUGUGUAUAUUAAAAAUGUACAUAAUUUAUGUAAAUGAUCUUUUUAUUAAUUUACUAUUUUACACGCGGAUGAAAGUGUUGUCUGUUUUGCUACUCUCUUGUUCUUUGAGUGCAAGCGAUAUUGUGAAAAUAACGAAAAGUGUAUAAAUUAAAAAGUCGUUUUUUUGCUAUAUUUGUUAUAUUUACAUUUGUGUGAUUUUGAUAUUACGGAAGUAUUUAGGUGUAAAAAUAGGCUUGUAUAAAAAUCGAAUUAUUUGUUCUUUUAUUUUCUGCAAAAAAAACUAGUCGUACAAUUUAAUAAUAUUGUCACAGAGAAAGAAAAUGAGCUAAAACGAAAGAAAUUAUUGGUAACGUAUUUAAAUAUGUAAUGUAUAAUCUUAAAUCGCAUGAAUCAUCAUUAUCGUAUAAUUAUAAAUCGUGGUAUAAAUGUUGAAUUAUUAGUUAAAUGACAUGAAAAAGUUUACAUAAUACGUGCAACUCCUCCCGUAAAUAUAUUAUGAUACAAAUAUUUAUGAAUAUUAUGACAAGUUUUUUUUAGAUAUUGGUAAAUUGAUAUUCAAAAUGGUUGCUGAUUUUAAAAAAUAAAUGAAUAAAAAGAACAUACGAAAUAAAA